UAUCGGUAAAAGGAAAAGAAAUACUACUUGGCCUGGAUAAACCGCCUUUCCCUUUGUUUAUGUUUUUUUGAUCGGGAAAGAGGCAGACAAACUCAAGCAAAUUAGGCAAUAACUAUUUAUUUGUGAUUCCUUCUCUUCGCCUAUAAAAGCCAGUUUGGAGUCCCAAACCAUUACUAAAUAACACCUGGAGAUUUCUCUACUUUUGCUUUGCCUCUCUGAUUUUUCCAGUCUCCAAUGGCGGCGUCUCAAGCAAGCCUCCUCCUCCAAAAGCAGCUCAGAGAUCUCUGUAAAAGCCCGGUGGACGGCUUCUCGGCUGGUCUGGUCGACGAUAGCAAUGUGUUCGAGUGGAGCGUCACGAUUAUGGGGCCUCUCGAUACGCUUUAUGAUGGAGGUUUCUUUCAUGCCUUUAUGAGCUUUCCCUCUAACUACCCUCAAAGCCCUCCAACAGUGAGGUUUGUCUCAGAGAUGUGGCACCCUAAUGUUUACCAAGAUGGAACGGUUUGCAUUUCAAUUCUUCAUCCUCCUGGUGAAGAUCCAAAUGGUUAUGAGCAUGCAAGUGAACGCUGGAGUCCAGUCCAUACAGUUGAGAGCAUAAUUUUGAGUAUAAUAUCAAUGCUUUCAAGCCCUAAUGACGAAUCUCCUGCAAACGUCGAUGCCGCGAAAGAAUGGAGAGAAGGAAGGGACGAGUUCAGAAGGAAAGUUAGUCGGUGUGUCAGAAGAUCGCUUGAAAUGAUGUAGACCAAAUUGCUGCUAUUUCUGGCUUCUAUUCUUGGUGACACCAACAAGAUAUUCUAGUUCUUUUUUCAGUCCAAUUGAUUUUUCUCUUCUUGCACAUCUUCUAGUGAUAUUAUUAGAAAUAUGUAUACCCAUACGCUUGAUGGUUCAUGAACUUGUACAAGUUCGGCUUAUUAAUGUCAAUUUUGUGCGGGUUUUUGAGCAUCUUA